UGUCGUCAUUGAUGGCCGUUCCAGCUGGUACUAUUUUCGUAUAUAACAUUGAAAAUAACUUUUAGACUCUCGUAGCCUCACUCCGCCUCGAUAAGAGUCACACCAUAGAUCAGUUUCGUCUUCCGAGUGAUCCAUAACCAUAGUAAUUAUUAUCAUAAACACUUAAUGUCGUUUACAUUAGGCCUGAAACACGUGUGAAUUUCCCAUCGCGUACUCGCGUUAUCUCCGCGAUAGGUAGCUUUGCGGCGGCUUCGCGCCUCACGAAUGUUUCGACUUCCUGAGCGUGCGCGGAAUCUUGGUGGCACUGCGCGGGAGUUUGUUUAUUGGUCACAAUAAUAUUACGUUAAAUCCAUUGCAGCUACACAAUCUAAGCUCACAAAUCACAAUUCGCCGCUCGCGCUGGACACGACGUGCUCAGUGCUUACCUCGUGGCCUGUUGUUGACGAGUAGAUAACGUCGUCGCCGUACGAUCGCCAUUCAACAAGUACCUACUACGUCUCGCAGUACUGACCGCCAAAUUCGUGCGUCCUGCCAUACUUACGUCCUGUGGCACCACCGUUGAAUCCUGUCAGCGUGAUGUCCAGUCUAUCAAUGAAACGCAAACUUCCAGAAAGGGACGAAGAUGCGAAACGCAAACGCAGUACUUGGAUGAUCUUUCCGGGGGUUGAUGCAUUAAGACCGUACAAUAUAAUAUUUGAUUACGACAAAUUUGAAUAUGAACUUGCUGUUGGACUUGAUUUCGCACUUGCUAAUUCGUUGGAACCAGAAGAAAUUGUGGGAGCUUGUAACUUUAAUGGCGAAAUAGUGUACUUUAUUAAGUGGAAGCGGCAAGUUGCAGUAAGUUAUAUAUCAUCAGCACAUGCUGCAAAUUUGUAUUCUGAAGCUAUAAUUCAAUUCCAUGAGAAAUAUAACUGGCAAAUAAUUGAUAAGCCUCAUCGUCAACAUGGAGGUAAUGCUAUGUGUCCAGUAGAGCCAGCUAAGAGAUUUAAGAAUCAACGUGCUUAUUUACCACAGUGAAAUCAACAACAAACCUUUAUACAAUUUUCAAUUUACAGAAUAAAAAUUAAGUUGUUAUUAUUAUACAUUAUAAAUUAUUUUUUUUACAGAGAUAAAUAUUAAAUA